AAUAAGCCUAUUUCGUGAAUGUAAUAAACGAAGAAUAAUAAUUUAAUGGAUUUACGUUAUGGUAUUUUUCAUGCUGGGAAAAUUGAUAGCUUGACAAUUAGUGGUAUUUGCUAGUUGCUUAAUCAACCACAAUUAGUACAGUGUUCCUCAAACCAUGGUACAUACAGUGGGUGCUGCCAUGUACCUUCCAUCUAGUCAGCAGUUCAAAGAAAACAACAAUAAAAAAGUGGAUGCUGCCAACAAGUUGCCUUCGCUAUGGAACUUCAAAAAUUCACUUUCCACUAGAUUCUCCAAAAUUGAUCUGACCAGCUGACUAACAGAUGUCCCAUGAUGGAAGGAUUUAUGCCAUCUGAAAUUGCUAGACUUGUUUUAGGUUAUUUACGAGAGACUGGCUGUAUUCAGACCUCAGAGACUUUUUUAGCAGAAAGUCCACACCUUAGAGAAUAUGCCAAUUGUUUGCGUGAUGGAAGAGAAUAUCCUGUAACAAUAGGCAGUCAAAGUCUUAAUCAGAUUCUACAAGGGUAUAGCGCACUAAGGGGAAUAGAGAACAGAAGAUCUCUUGAUCUUGAACAGUUCAUUGAAAUACUAGAAAAUGCCCUGAUUCAAGCUAGAAAACUUCUUUCAGAGGGGCAUUCUACUUCACUUGGAAUGCAGUUGGUAAAUAAAUCAGGGGUGUCACAAAGUACAGAAAGAAAAUCACUCCAUGAUGACGGUCGGAACUACCCAAGUUCUUUGCAGACCGUAUCAUCUUCAUGCAAUGUGGCCUUGUGUGGUGGUUUUGAUCGAGUAGAUCCACGAAAACAGUUUAAUCCACCUGCUACUGGUGAUUCAUACAACGUAAAAGGAUUUGACCAAAUAAGUUCUGCUGCUUCUGGAAAUAGUUCUCUACACAACAAGCAAAACUCGUGUACUCACCUGUGUUCAAGUAAGCAAGGACUGUUGUCAGAAUGUUCAUGUGGUAGUGCUGGAAGUAUGUUUCAGAAGUCACACAACAUUAAUUCAAGAUUGGUUCAAGGUGCUACAUUUAGAACAUUUGAUUCCCCUGGCUGUGUUAGUUGUUUUCGUGCUCCAUUGAGAAAUGAAUGUGGUGCUCAUAAUUCUUAUCAUCAUCAUAAUGCUAGAGAAUCCAACAAAAGUAAUCCAAAAAACGUUGAAGAUCCAAAUAGGGUAUCUGUAAACAGAACCAUUGAAAGAACUUGUAAUAAUUUUCAAGGAGAUAUAAGUAAUGGACACUUUUCUGAACAUUGCCAGAAUUACAGACAAUUAUCAUUUAGUCAUAAUCAUAUUUCAUCAAAUUCAAAUGGAGCCGAAGAAAUGGAAGUUGAGCCAGUACGUAUUUCACCAAAAAAUAAUAGUGAAUUUACGGUUGGUAGUGAACAUUUUAGGAAUCAUUCAAAUUCAUCAAAAUAUUGUAUAAUGCAUAAAUUAAAACAUGAGCAAGAAAGGAUAAAAAAAAACAGUCAGGUUGCUGAACAAGAUGCAUGUAUUCCAUCAAGUUUUAAAGAAGCGGUGCUAACUUCUAGGAAGCAAAAUGAUAGGACUUCAGAUUUAAGAAGUGCAGAGCAAGAUAUCAUCAAGAAAGAUGAAAUUGAAAAAAAAAGUAAGUCCAAAUUCUCAAGAAUUAAAGAAAUACCAGAUUUUGAAGAUACUUUAUCACCCCCGAUUGAAGACAAAGAAGUCAUUAUCAGGUCAAAGCAUUCUGAAAAACAUUUUCUAAAUGCCAGUGGUUUUGGACAUUCUUUAGUAAAUCCAAAUGAAUUUCCUGUUAAACAAGAAUGCUUUAAUCAAAGCUUAAGUAACUUUAUAGAAAGGAGAAAAGAUGCUUUUGAGGACAAAUUACAUCCACCUAUUCAACCUGAACAUCAAAACUUUGGUGUUCCUUUAAGCCAUCUGCCAUCAUCUGCCACAGAACUCAGCUCAACGCCAUCUUCAUUCAUUUCAACAAAAAAUAAAGAAAAAUAUAAACUUCACCAAGAAAAACUUGAAUUUAUACAAAAUUCUACAGAUGUCAAGGAAAUCAACAAGCCUAAAAUUAAUAUGUGUGAUAUAACAACUCCAAGGUCAUCUAUCAACGUCAUCAGUAAAGACUACAAAUCUUCACGUCAGAACUCUCAGUUUAAAUCCUCUGAAAUCUCAUCUCAACAUUCAUCCAAGGGUAAAACAUUUUGUGAAGGCACUGAAAAAUUAAAACCUUCCUAUUCCUUAUCUCAGAAUUCUCUCACCAGAAUUGCUAGGAUUCAGAGCUGGGUACCCCCUCAGGGGCUAGAAGAACCACUUGAUGAAGAUAGUAGUUCAGGAGUUAGCAUUUUGUCAUCUCCUGGUCAACAUUACAAAAAGUCUCCAAGGAAAAGUAUAAUGACAUUAUCAUCUCUAGUAGACCCAAAUAUAACAGACAUUUCUAAAAAAGAAAAUAAAGAUCCUAACCCUUCAUCAAAUGUAGAGAAGAAUAAGUAUAUUGUCAUUGAUCUUGUUGAAUCUGAACCAGGUAGUUCAGAUGAAGCUGAAAAAUAUGCUACAGCUGGACAUCCCACAGAUGUCUCUGUUAACCCUCUGAUAUGUGAAAGAAAUAACAAAACUUCCUUUAAAGCCUCACCUAAUAGUCCUGUAUUUCAAAAUUCAUGUGAUGAAAAAAUUCCUGCCAUUAAUCUUUGUGAAAACUGUUCAGAAUGUGCUGUAGAUAACAAUGAACUCAACAGUGGCUCAAGAUUUAAAGAUUUAUCAUGUAAAAUGAACAGUAUAUCAAAAUCUCCUAUUUAUAGUAAUCAAACGUUUGAUGUUAGUUCUCCUGUAACAACACAAAACUCACUGACCGCAACAAGUAAACCUGUAAUACCUCAAACGGGAAUUUCAAUAAAUUUUCAGAAUAGUUGUCACAAUUCUCGGGUCAGUUGUCCAAAACCUAACUGUUCAAUAUCUGUAACUAAAGAAGCUUCUGUAAAAAAGAAAAAUGUAUCAGAUUCUCUUUGCCAUAUUAGUCCAAGUUCUAGAGUUAGUUCAUCAUCAUCUCUGUUUACAGAAACAUUAACAAAAAACACAGAAAAAAACAAGCUGCAUUCACAAGAUUUUGGAGACAAUUUAGAGACUUCAACAAAUUAUGUACUUAGAACUUCAAACUCUGAAGCAUAUAAUGAAUAUAAAGAUUCAAAAUCUGUGUCUAAUAAUGGUAGAACACAAAAUCAGUCAGGAGUGAUAGGUAAUUUUGCAGGAUCAUUGAGAGAGGAACUUAUGACUUCGUCAGAUGACAAUUCCAUCCCAACAAGCUUGGAAAGUUUAACUCUCAAGACAUUAAACACCGUUGAUAAACAGAAUUUAAAUAAUCAUUCUUCUUUGUUGAAAAGUGAUGUUCAAAAAGAUGAAGGAAUGCUGGAAAAGAUAAAAUGCAAAAAUGGAAGUAGAAAAAAAAUAAUCCCCAAGAGUAUUGAACAGCAGAAUGAUUCUAUAGCUUCUAAACUUUCAUCAGAGAAUCCUAAAACUGAGUUUCUCCAAGUUUCAAGUCUUCCAUCUGAUGAUAUAUUACAGGGUAAAAAGGAGAAUUCUUAUAUCUCUGAACUUGUGGUGAGAAGCUGUUCCAGUGAUGUAAUGAUCACUGAAAAGCAAUUAAAAACUGUCUCAAAAAUGAAAUCUGAUUAUGAAAACAAUCAGGCUGUGAAAGAACAAACAAGAGCGACUUCAAGAUUAUUAAGUGAGAGAGCUGAAACUAAUCACAUGGAAAAAGGUCAGCAACUGUUAAUGACAUCUGACCCUCAAUUAAGGUAUACCGAAGAACAGUCAUCUGCAUUAGAUAAUAAAUACCUUUCACAUCAGCUCGGUUUGAAGGAAAGUGUCGGAGACAACACUUCCUUUGCCAUGCAUGAAGUGGAAUUAGAGAGUGUUGACCAAAAUUUAAAAACUCCUAUUUCUAAACAGCGGCCACCCCUACCACCUAGACAUCCUGACAUCUCUUCACCACGUCUGUUAUUGGCACAAGAACGUUCACUGCAGCCAUCUCUAACAACUCCUGUUAAAGACCAAAACUUUGAUGAUGAUUUUCGUUCUCCUAGAAGAAAAAAUCAAAUUCCUAAACGUCGUUUGAUUAGUUCGGUACCUCCUCUGGAUCAUCCAUUACCAGAACCAGAGUUUACUUAUCACUGUGAAGAUUCUUUGGAUUAUGCGGCUUUUUUGGAAGAGUUGAUCAACUUUAAGACUCUGCAUGAAAAAUUGGCCGAGAAUAUCAACAAAGCCGUUUCUAAAACCUAUUCAGAUAAAGGAAAUUCUUCUGGUCCUCAGAAUACCAUAGCCGAUUUUCAUAUUGACUCCAUAACCUCUGCAUCCAUGACUACAGAUUCAGUAAAUGGCCACCAUGAUGAAAUAAAUAAAACCAAUAUUAGUUUUGAAGAACAGCCUAGAUCAAACUGUGAAGAUAAAGAAAAACUCCAUGUAUCUAAGACUGAGCAAAAUGCCAGACAGGAACACCAUGUCCCGGAUGCUUUAAUCAAAGAUGUUCUCACUGAGACGGAGUCUGAUCCAUUAUUUGAAGAAAUUAUAUUCAUGUUAUGUGAGAGGCAGGAAUCUAGCCGAGACUGUCUUGGUGCUAGUUCAGAAUCUGAUUCUCCAAGAAGAAGUAAUAACAUAUCAGAUAUACAACUUUCCAGUCAGCAGCUGUGUGCUCCCUCAGAUCAGCAUGAAAAUGUUGUUAACAUUAGUUCAUCAGUAUUUCCAGAUCAAAAUGUUUUGGAGUCUAACAACAGGCCUAGUAGUAUUGGAAUAUCAAAGUCUGAGGAUUCUUGUUCAGUUAAUCAAGGUUUUAUUGUUGAUGAAACACAACAGAAAGCUCAACCCGACCUCUUGCAACAAGCUCUCGAUGCUUCACUUAUAAGUAUUGAGGAUCAAGACAACAUUAACAGUCAGGAGCAACAUUGCCAUAAGAGAAAUACUAUAGACGUGCAGCAUCAUACUACCACCAGCAAUGAAGAAAAAACUGGUUCCAUGUCAUUGACUUUUCCCGAAUCUUCCAACUUCAGUGAAGUAGGGCCCGUAAGAAGCCGAGUGGGUACCUCGUUAUCUGUUUCGUCUUUUGAUGCUAGCAAUUAUAUUUCAUUUGGAGUAAAUGUGUCUAAUCCAAAUGUGAAUCCUAGUCAAAAAGAAAUUAACUCUACUGUGCUACAGCCUGGGGUCAUCUUGUCGAAUCAGUGUGUAACGCUACCACAGGUAUCACUUGUUUCUGGGUCAGUUUUUUCAGUUCCAAUUUUGUCCAUCAGUCAGUCAAACACUCAACACUCUUUUGUACAACAGCCAGCUUCUGCAAUUUGGGUUAACAACUCUUGUUUAAACCCACCAACUGAUAGUCUUACAUCUGUUACUUCAUCAAAAUCAGCAUUAUGCAGUCUGAGUAAUUCUGCCGUUACAAGUGUGAAAAAUGUGAUGAAUCAAGCAGUGCUUCCAGGUAUUUACUAUGCAGUUGGAGGAAACAGUAACAACUCUACUGUAUUGAACCUGAAUAGCAGUACCACCAACAUUAAUCCAAACAACAAACUAAGUCAACAGUUACUGGUACAGCAAGUCAUGAAUAAUGGUAUCAGCUUGAAUGGGGAAACAGUUCAUUUGGCACCAACACUGCCACAGAAUCAGCUAGGAUUAUCACAGUCAUAUACACAGCCACUCAGUAGUGUUAUUAUGCCACAGAUAAAUGGUGUAAGAAACCCUGUUUUUUUGACUGGCACUCAGACUCCAGUCAAGAUGGGAUCUUCAGAUCUUCAAUAUCUCACAUUAUCUCCAAGUCAGGUUUUGGGAAUAUUGUCUUCAGACAGUGCUAAACUACAGGUUGUGCAAGAUGGUCUCCCCACCAUUUGUAAUCUACCAGCUAACACAGUCAUAUGUGAGCCCAAAGAAGAUGAUAAAACUAACUUGAAGAAAACAAAGCACCACCUUCGUCUCCAACGAAAUCGAACUAGAGGAAAGUCAGUGCUUCAACAGGUAGUGCAAAGGAAACUGGAUGUUGGUGGGCAUGCUAUCAUUUUACCUAAAGCUACAUCCAGCCAGACAGUACCCCCUGAAUGCAGUUCAUCAGUGAUUCAUCAGACCAAAGUGCGAAGAUGUCAAAAGUCGGCAAAAAAAUCGGUUAGUGUGGCAGGUAGCGAAAAUCAGUCACCACAAGUUAAUAUAGAAGCCCACCCAGCAGAAGUUGCUAGCACAAAAAUAGAUAAAAAACCCUCAAGAAACAUUGUAGACUCUGAAAAGCGAAAGAAAAAUGGAAUAAUCACAAAAAAAUCAGAGACUUUUCAGCCUAGGCUCUCAUGCAGUCAAACCUCUCAAGCUCUAAUAAAUUCUUGGCAACGCAAAGAAAACUCUUCAUCUAAGAAAAAGAGUUCUCACACUCCUCAAAAUUUAUUGCUUAGUCAUCAGAAGAAACAUAGUCCUCAGCUGAGGACUCUUAUCAAUUCCGCACGUGUUUUGGUGGGUGGUCAGCCAAAUGGACAGAGGCAUGUUCGAGUUUUGGACUUUGGGCCAGAAGUAAGUCAGUGUGAAUCUGUGUUUUCUGAGGCUGUGACUCAUGAAAUCUCCAAUCAUUGUGAACGUAAAUAUAGAAAAUCUCCUAGGAGAAGAACUCCAAGAAAAUCAAAACUUGUUAAUCAUUUUGAACCUCAUUCAGAAGUAAGCCCAAAGAUCACGAAAGAGUCAGUCCAACAACAACAGUUAAUUAAUCCAUGUACUGCAUCAAAAAUUCAGCUAGUGAAUAACUUAAACCAUGUUGUAAAAUUUCCUUCAAUUGAAGAAGAAAAUGAUAAGUUUUCCAAAAUCAUUGAAAAUCCAAAGAUUGAAAUUGGAAACAAAUUCACCGAUGAUGUAGUUACCAGCAGAUCUACAAAUGACAGUCAAGAAAAGAACCAACUAGCAAAUAUUCAAAGAGAUAGUAGACCUAUCAGUGGCAAUCAAUUUGAUAAAGGAAACAUUCAAUCAAGGCAUGUAGUAUAUGAUACCAAGUUACAGAAUGAAUUAAUAGUUGAUGCUGACACCCAGAAGGUAUGUCAUAGUGUUGAAGUACAUAAUAGCUUGACAAGUGAUGUUAAAAUACAAGAGGUGCCUCGUGAUACUGAAGUAAAAAAUAUAUUGAUAAACAGUGCUGACACCCAGAAGGUAUGUCAUGGUGUUGAAGUACAUAAUAGCUUGACAAGUGAUGUUAAAAUACAAGAGGUACCUCGUGAUACUGAAGUAAAAAAUAUAUUGAUAAACAAUGCUGACACCCAGGAGGUAUGUGUUCAAGUACAGAGAAGCUUGAUAGGUGAUGUUAGAACACAAGAUGUGUCUCGUGAUACUGAAGUACAAAAUAUAUUGACAAACAGUGCUGACACCCAGGAGUUAUGUCAUGGUGUUCAAGUACAGAGAAGCAUGAUAGGUGAUGUUAGAACACAAGAUGUAUCUCGUGAUACUGAAGUACAAAAUAUAUUGACAAACAGUGCUGACACCCAGCAAGUAUGUAAUAGUGUUAAAGUACAGAGUAGCUUAGGUGAGGUUAAAACACAGGAUGUGUCACAUGAUAUCGAACUACAGAAUGGAUUGAUAGACAAUGCUGACACCCAGCAAGUAUGUCAUAGUGUUAAAGUACAGAGUAGCUUAGGUGAGGUUAAAACACAGGAUGCGUCACAUGAUAUCGAGCUAGAGAAUGGAUUGAUAGACGAUGCUGACACCCAGGAGGUAUGUCAUAGUGUUAAAGUACAGAGUAGCUUAACAGGUGAGGUUAAAACACAAGCUGUGUCACAUGAUAUCGAGCUAGAGAAUGGAUUGAUAGACGAUGCUGACACCCAGCAAGUAUGUCAUAGUGUUCAAGUACAGAGUAGCUUAGGUGAUGUUAAAACACAGGAUGCGUCACAUGAUAUCGAGCUAGAGAAUGGAUUGAUAGACGAUGCUGACACCCAGCAAGUAUGUCAUAGUGUUCAAAGUACAGAGUAGUUUAACAGGUGAUGUUAAAACACAGGAUGUGUCACAUGAUAUCGAACUACAAAAUGGAUUAAAAACUGAUAUAAAAUCAAGGAAUCAGCUUAGUGCUGAUACUGAACACCAGAGUAAAUCCCUUACUAUUAUUAAAUCUGUAAAUAGCAAUGAACAGUUAAAAGACUCAGUGAUACUUAUUCAGACUGAAAAUAAAAUCAUAGAAAAUGAUUCAGAAGAGAAGGAACUUGUUUGCUUGUCAUUGUCGGAGCACCCAAAACCAGUUGUGCAAAAUUUAAAGAACUCAACUGCAAAAUUUGAAGAACUGAAUGAUAAUGAGAUUGCAGAAACCCUUGUUUCUCUUGCAACCCAAAUCCCUGAAAGGCCAGCUAUAAGUACUAUAAACAAUGGUCAGAUUGAAAUGUCUUCCAAAUUCUCAAGUGUCACGCCACUUUCUGAUGAAACUAGUGGCCAAGACAGUUCUAGAGACUUCUCUGCUUGUGAAGAUUUCCAGAGGAACAAAAGAAAAUUAGUGGAUUCUGAAAAGGGGAAAGUAAGAAAGAAGAGAAGAGUAAAGGAGAAACUACUGAAGGAAAUGGACGUUGAGAAAAUUCUUGCAAAGUUGCAUGGAAAUUAAACAUAUGCUUUAUAAACAUUAUAACAUCAUAAUUGUGGUUCAGUGACCAUAGAUUAUGGUUUGCAAUACAAUAAUUGUUAAUAUGUAUGUAAUCUUAACUUGAUAAAAUGUUUGUAGUACUGGAUGUGUUUUUUAUCUUUUUUCUCUCUCUCCACAUCAUUUCAUUUUCUUUUGUUCCACAUGCUUUUCAGUGAAGGUUACAAAAUGUUUUAUUUGUUGGAGUGAUAGUAUGUUUUGAGUAUUAUUGUGAAACUUUGCUUAAUUAGUGUAUGUACUGAUGAAGUGUCUUACAUGUUAAUUUUAAAUUUAAUCUACUAUGGAACUCUCUUGUGGCUCAUGAACUAUGAUUGAUUUUGUUACAUUUUAAUUUUUUACUGACUACACGUUUAGACAGUAAAACUGUGUUUUUAAAUUUUUACCUCUGUCAUGUUGUUACAACUGUUCUUCCUUCACGGAUUAUUUUUAAAUGAGAUGUGUUUUUUAUAAUUUAUGCUUUGGUCCACCAUUUUUAUUGCUGUAGAUAAUAAAAUUCAAAAUAUUGUCUUUGAGAUUUAUUUUUGAACAAGUACUUUUUUAUUGUAUAAAGAUAACUGAAAAGUAUAACACACUAGCAGACUAAUUCUGACAGUGAGUAAAUUGGUUUUUGUAUAAAACUUUUGAUCCUUAACUUCUGUGAUGACUGUCAAUAAAAUGUUUAUUGUCAUCA